GGUUGCUUGGAAACGAAACACAUCUACGUUUGACAUCAAGGAUCACUUUUGUCUUCUCAACUAGAACUAUCGGGACUGGCACGAAUCUCGCGUGAGGAGUAUUUCUAGUGCCGUUUGAUUCUCAAAUCUUUGAAGCUAUCAUUGCCUCAUCCGCACUGAAACAGAAGCUUUCCUGGGCAGUUGUUUAAUUGAAUCAUGGCGGACCCCCGAACGGACCGCGACGGUCUAAUUUCUCAAUUUUGCAGCCUCACAGGUGCAGCUCCAACAGAGGCGGAGCAAUAUCUCGCCACGAAUGCCUGGGACAUCAGCGCCGCUGCCGCAGAAUACUACACAGCACAGGAAGAACAGGGUUCCCAGGCCGAUUCCCAGGCAGACACAGCCGAAGAUGAGCUUUACUCUGCUCCUGCUCCAUCAAGUGGCGCUUCUGCUCUUGGUGGCCGAACUUUAGGCGGAGAGGGUGUUCCAUCCCAAGCAGUCCCAACUGCCCCUCCUGCCGCUGGACCAUCAUCAUCAUCAUCAUCCUCAACCUCUAGACAACCCCAAAGGUCGAAGUUUGCUACACUUGGAGAUUUAAAACGCGAGGAAGGUGGACCAAGCCGCGGUCAUGCUCACGACGAUGAUGACGACGAGGAAGAGAACCAAGACUUCUUCGCUGGUGGAGAAAAGUCCGGCCUCGCGGUGCAGAACCCCAACGAUCCCAUGGAGCGGAUAAAGAGUAUCAUAUCAAAAGCGAAGAGACCGGUCUCCCCAAUUGAGGACGAUCAGCCUCCUCGACCUUCAAAUUUCCGCGGCACUGCCCGAACGCUCGGUGGUGAUGACGCUCCAAGCGAGGUUAUUGCCGAUCCUCAUCCUACUCAGCCUGAGCGUCGUGAGCCACAGAGACACAUUCUCCAUCUCUGGCGGGACGGUUUCUCCAUGGAUGACGGCGAUCUGUACCGAUUUGACGAUCCGGCCAAUAAGAUGCGCCUUGCGCUUAUCGACUCCGGUCGGGUGCCACCAGAUUUGCUAGACGUUGCGCCCGAUGAGCCAGUCAACGUUGAAGUGCAACCUCAUGAGACCAACUAUGUGAAACCGAAGAAGGCAUAUAAGCCGUUCUCUGGGUCUGGCCAGCGUUUGGGUAGCCCAACACCCGGUGUGAGCGGCACGUUCACCCCACCACCUGCACGGUCUACGGGCCCAACUAGCGGGGCUUCAUCUCAGCCAACUGCUGCCACAGUCAAUGUCGACGACUCCCAGCCGGUAAUUAGCCUUCAAAUCCGUCUAGGCGACGGUACAAGGCUCCCUUCGAGAUUUAACACGACUCAUACGAUUGGCGAUGUGUACAACUUUGUGGCUGCUUCUAGCCCUUCGAGUGCUGCAAGAGCCUGGGUACUCAUGACGACUUUCCCGAGCAAGGAGUUAUCGGACAAGAGCCAGGUGCUUGGAGAGCUGCCCGAGUUUAAGCGCGGCGGAGUGGUUGUGCAAAAGUGGCAUUUAACCAAAUACCGGAGUGUGCGGGCCAUCCGUCAUGUCCUCUCCGGCAAAGGCGGCGUCGGCAAAUCCUCCGUGACAACCCAACUCGCCCUCUCCCUCAGUCUGGCGGGCCACUCCGUCGGCGUUCUCGACAUCGACCUCACCGGGCCCUCGAUCCCACGGCUCUUCAACAUUGAAAACGCCAAAGUCACACAGCUGCCCGGCGGCUGGAGCCCCGUCGUCGUGCACCCGGCCAACCCGCGCACCAACACGGGCCUACUACGCGCCAUGUCGCUCGGUUUUCUCCUCCGGGGUCGCGGAGACGCCGUCGUGUGGCGCGGGCCCAAGAAGACCGCCAUGGUGCGCCAGUUCCUGUCGGACGUGCGGUGGGGCGCCACGGACUAUCUCCUGAUCGAUACGCCGCCGGGCACGUCGGACGAGCACAUUGCGCUGGCGGAGACGCUGUUGCGGACGGGCCAAGGGUUGGUGCGGGGCGCAGUGGUGGUGACGACGCCCCAGGCGGUGGCGACGGCGGAUGUGCGCAAGGAGCUGAAUUUCUGCGCGAAGACGGGGAUUGCAGUGCUCGGCGUGGUCGAGAAUAUGUCCGGCUUCGUGUGUCCGAGCUGCUCGGAGUGCACGAAUGUGUUUAGCUCCGGGGGCGGGCAUGUGAUGGCGCAGGAGUUUGGGGUCAGGUUUUUGGGCAGCGUCCCGCUGGAUCCCCAGUUCGGGGCCCUCAUAGAGGAGGGGAGACGGCCGGGUGAAGGUGGUGGUGAAGGGGAGGAGGAGAAGGAAGAGGAGGUGUUGUCAGAAGAAGCAGAACAGAGUAGGACGGCGGAAACGCUGGCGCACAAGUAUAAGAGUUGUUCGCUGUUUCCGAUUUUCGAGGAUAUCACGAAAGAGCUGGUUGGCAGCGUUUCGGGAUGAAGGACGGUC